CUGUGAUUGUAGCGGGGAAGAUAGCACACAAACUUAUCUUAACAUUCAAACUGUGUAAGCUCGCCAUGCAAACCAUCGGGAUAUUCAUCAGACAGUACGAGACCAGUUAUAUUGGAAUAACAUCCAAAGACCGAGAUUAACGUCCUGUUUCACGAUAAGAAUUUAAUUUUAAUACGGGAACAACGUUUUAAAACUUUUUCUAAAACUUUUUUAUAACUUUAUUUUUUGUGCUGCUGUGACUGCUGGAGUUAUUAUUACAUAUGGUGUGAAUAAUAGUCAAGACAACUCUCUGGACAUUGCAAUACGUGGUGAAGGUGUCCUUUUUUUGUGUGUGUACUGUAUGUAUUAAUUUGUAAACUGGAAAACAGAGACAUUCUUCUGCUGGACUGAGAGGAAAUUGUUUUUGGAUAACUCCGCAGAUUAAUUUAUAAAGUCAAGAUUUUAACAAAAGUCUAAAAAAAGGACCUUUAUUUUGACACCUGUUAUUAAGGACAGUGGGUUAGUAUGUUUUAAUAAAAUUAAAACACUGACAAUGCAAGUGACAGGAAAAUCUGAGUAAGUGUGUGGAAUAACUGGUUUGGAGUAAAACGAUUCUUUAAAAAAAAAAAAAAAGCUUAUUCCAAAAAAACGACAUUGAUCAACCAAACUGAAACGCGCAAUAUCCACGAGAGAAUCCACAAGAAGAGACGUAUCUUUCUUUUAAAUGUUUUUAAAUCUUCACAUGAGCCUUCCCAACAGGUGCAGCAUAUGUGCGCUACCCGGGACCAUCACAAUCCUAAUAAUCGCUAUUUCACGGUGAUUUUAUACGUCUUAACCCGAGACAGACAACAAGGCGAAGAGAAUUUGUCACAGAAAUUCAACAUUAAGAGCACACACACAUACACACACUUCACGGUGCCUCUUCCACUACUGAAGCGUUGACAGCUCUUCUCUGGAUCAAUAACCGCUGCAGACAAUAUGCAAAAAAACACGUUUAAGUUAAGAUCUUCGAUUCAGGGGGGAAUGGACCUCAGGCUGACCCAAGGCCAGUUCACCAUGACGGGGAUCCACUUGCUACUGGCAAUCGCUCUCAUCUCCUGCACUUCCCAGCUCUUCGUGGAUUCAAACUCGUGGUGGUCUUUAGCAAUGAACCCCAUUCAGAGACCCGAGAUGUACAUCAUAGGAGCGCAGCCUCUGUGCAGUCAGCUCGCGGGACUGUCGCAGGGCCAGCGGAAGCUGUGCCAGCUGUACCAGGAUCACAUGGUAUACAUCGGCGAAGGGGCCAAGACGGGCAUCAAGGAGUGUCAGUUUCAAUUCAGACAGAGGCGGUGGAACUGCAGCACCGUGGACAACACUUCGGUCUUUGGACGGGUCAUGCAAAUAAGCAGCAGAGAAACGGCCUUCACCUACGCAGUGAGUGCGGCGGGUGUGGUGAAUGCCAUCAGCAGGGCCUGCAGGGAGGGGGAGCUGUCCACCUGUGGCUGCAGCCGGGCCGCGCGCCCCAAGGACCUCCCCCGGGACUGGCUGUGGGGGGGCUGCGGGGACAACGUGGACUAUGGGUACCGCUUCGCCAAGGAGUUUGUGGACGCCCGUGAGAGGGAGAAGAAUUACCCCAAGGGCUCGGAGGAGCACGCACGCACCCUCAUGAACCUGCAGAACAACGAGGCUGGAAGACAGGCGGUGUACAACAUGGCGAAUGUGGCUUGCAAGUGCCACGGCGUAUCGGGCUCCUGCAGCCUCAAGACCUGCUGGCUCCAGCUGGCCGACUUCCGCAAGGUGGGCGAGUUCCUCAAGGAGAAGUACGACAGCGCGGCUGCCAUGAGGAUCAACCGCAAAGGCAAGCUGGAGCUGGUAAACCAGCGCUUCAACCCGCCCACCCCUGAGGACCUGGCGUACAUGGACCAGAGCCCGGACUACUGCCUCCGCAACGAGAGCACCGGCUCGCUGGGCACCGAGGGUCGUCUCUGCAACAAGACCUCCGAGGGGAUGGACGGCUGUGAGCUCAUGUGCUGUGGGCGGGGCUACGACCAGUUCAAGACUUACCAGUACGAGCGCUGCCACUGCAAGUUCCACUGGUGCUGCUACGUCAAGUGCAAACGCUGCACUCAGAUUGUGGAUCAGUUUGUCUGUAAAUAGAACCCAGAGAUUGAUUGAGGAAACCAAGUAAUAAAAAAAAACACACACACACAUAAAAAAAUAAUAAAUAAAUAGAAGAUAAUAAUAAUUUAAUAAGAAAAAAAAACUACUUAUUUUUGUAUACGGUGUCAAAACCCCACAACACAGCCCCUCUAUCCAGGAAGCAAUGCUCUCCAUAAACCAGCUUACUGAAAUAUCCACUAUGGGUUAUUGGCGGAAACUAAUUUCUCACCUCAGAAGCCUUCCCUUGCAUUAAAUCAAGUUUUGAGUCCAGUGUACUGGAUGGGUGCGUUUGAUCAAAUCCCCAGAAGCCAAACACAAAUCAGUAAUACCAUCUUAUUGAGGAAUGUGACUUUAGUAUAAGCCUCAUCACACCCACAAAGUCUCAAGUUUGGAAUACCCCAUAGCUGGCUGUGUGACUCGUAUGAGACUUUUGGUCUGUUUGCAGUCUUCCUUGGCUCGCUCCCCUUCCAAGCUCUUUCCAGUUGCCCCUUGUUGUUCACCCUGGAAACAGCGUGUGGUGUCUGAAAUCACUUCAAUUUAGAAUUAUUUUUUAUUUCACUCGAACAUAGAAUGGCAUCCUCAACCAAAGCACAAGGCCCCCGGGUGGCUGAACUUGUGCCUCAAAAUAUUCUCAGUGAAGACUGAACUGAAAGACGUGGAUAUGAUUACACUGUUGAAAAACACUCACAAGAAAGGACGGUCGUCAUAAAAAAACUGUGCAGACGUUUAUGUAGCAAACCUGAGGACACAAAGUUGUUGUGGAGGUUAAAUUGGGAGCAAACUAGCUGUAACUGUAAUGAGAAUAUGGAUGGACUGCAAGCUCUUGAAGCAUUUUAAAAAAGAGCACUACAGAAAUAUGCAAUAAUAUUACAGACCAUGCUCAAUAUGUGGUGCUGUCUGUUUCACAGUUUACCAGAACCUACAACCAAAUGGUAGCUUUAAGCAGUAUAUUUUUCUCAAUUGAAUUACUGUGUUCAGAUUUGUUGUGACUUAUAAAACAAACAGCCACGUCUCCAGGAAAGGACAAAGAAAAAAAAAAAAAAAAACAACCAAUCCAUAAUCUUGGUGUUUUUUCCUUUCCAUCAUUGGGGCAGUGACGUUAACAUAGCAAUUAAACAAGGCCCAUGAUCCCCCUACCAGUCAGAGAGGGGACUAGAGACACAGAUGGGAAUUUACAACAGUCUUUUGUAAGAGGCUGGGCCACAAGAAGGUGUAAAGGAAUCCUUGAGCAAAUUUUAGAGUCUCAUUGUGAGGGUGCAAAACAGUGGGCAAAUCUGCAACCAAGGGGCCAUUCUAGUCGAUUCCAUUCUAGUCCAGUUUUUGGUCCAGUCAGAACCCAAAUAUAUACAUGUAUAUGUAUAGCCCAUAUGAUUCCUAAUGUGCAUUGGACAUGUAUUGCAGACUGUGUAACACCUGUGUGUCUGUGAGUGCUGUGGAAAGCCUGAUGGAAUAUUUCUGGGGCCGGCUGGAAUGGGUGAUUGGCAUCAGGUUCAGGCAUCCAUGCAUGAUGUUGUACAGACGUCCUGCAGGGAGAUGGGACUAAAGGAAGGGUUCUUAGGGCGGUACAGCACUUCUGUUCCAGUUCCAAUUAUCUGAAACCUGGACACAGAUGAAUGGCACUCCUCACAAUAGCAGGGCACCAAUGUAGCCUCAAGAGAAUGUCACUGAGGUAACUUAUCCAUCUUAGACUCCAUACUGCCUCUAUAGGUGGAUUUAACACACUGCAAGCAAGGCAUGCAGUAGGAGAGAGCAAACAGACUAUCCUUUACAAGGCAUGCAAGCAGCAGAACCUCCCAGAACUUCUUAGCCCAGUCCCAUAGCAACAUAAUGAAACUAUGCAUUUACAGUGUGGUUUUUGUAUAUGUGAAAACUUUAGGGGUGAAAUCUAAAUAAAGAGAGAGCGAGCGAGAGAGAGAGAGAGAGAGAGAGAGACAAGGACACAAAGCAUUGGUAGAAGAGAAUAUUUCACUUAUUAAAAAUAAUUAAGAACUGCUUUAUUAAUGGCUUUUAUAUCAUAUAUGUAUUAUUGUUUUUCUUCUUGUUUUUUUUGUUGUUUUAAACCAGAUGUUUUUAAGUGCACUCUUUUGGGCUACUCUGUCCACCCAGGCCCCUGUCUGGUUUUGUCAUUUUUCUCUUGAGAAGAGCAGCUCAGCUUUAACACGGGGCAGGAUGGUGGUACGCAGGACCAAGCCUUUGUUUGAUGACUAUUUAUUUAAAGAGAAGGCCCUGCCUGCCAUCAAACUGACUCUCUCCCGCCAAUAAUAAUCCCCUCACCCCUUCCCUACACACACACACUCUCCCAUCCCAGCUACAGACACACACACAGACUGGGACAAAGUACUUUUAUAUUUUCUUGCAAUUGUAAAUAUCCUUUGUAACCUAACACAUGUAAUGCAGACUAUACAACAAAUACAACAUUUAUUUUGUAACCUAAAACAACAGCUGUCUGAUAAGUAUAUAUACUUAAUAUGUAUUUCUGUUUUUUUCUCAACCCAUUAACAUUAAAAAACAAACAAAAAAAACAAACAUAAUAAUGAACAAGUCCUUUCUUUGUGUUCUUAUCGAUACAACUGCCUGUCUGUACUUGAGAGAGACCCAGGACUGAAUGGCAGGCAGAGUCAGGAUUGAGUGUUCAUGGCUCCCUCUAACCGAGUUGACAGUGUAGUUCUUGCACGCCCUUUGUUGUGUCUGCGAGCGAAGCAGAGUGCAAGGGAACGUACACUCUGAUUAGAGGCAGCCACUGAACCCUUGGAAACAUAUUCCACGUCAUUCAGUGUUAGUAAAAGAGAUCUAAAAGCUGAUAUUAACGGAUUUAAUGUUGUUUAUAAUCAACCUGCUGUGGUGUGAAGGUUUAGAAUGCUUUGUCAUUGACAUUCUGAGUGUGAGAUCAGCACAAUCUUAAGUGCAGCUACUGCUAAUAAGUUCCAGUGGUGACGUGACUUAAAUUAUAUGUGUAAUAAGCUAAACCGAUUGGGAAAAAUAAUUGAUAGCAGCUAGUCAAUGACACAUGUAACACAUAUAUACAAUAAUAGUAACCAGAUAACAAACAACAAACUGAACUUCCUUAUUUACACCUGCUGUUCUUACUAUUAAUACACAAGGAUUGGUGUCUUACAAACCGGAAAGCCCUCAUUGAAGGAUUAAAAGAUUACCACUGUUUACUGCACAGGACCUUGAUUCAACAAUGACCUUAUUGCUCAGGUUGCUGGCACCUGACCAUUUAAGCGACAGAUCUUCCCAGGCCGUUCUGAAGGACAGAAUACACAGUGCUAACUUUGCAGAGCAGUAAUACACACGAGCACCACAACCAGUACAGGAAACUCGCUCAGCUAGACUAACAGAUAGUGGGCACACUUCCCUGUAAUGACAUGGAGGGACAACCAGCAGCAGCUGUUGCCAUUGUCUGUGCAUCAAAUUGCAUUGAUAUUGAGUCUGUGCAGGGAUAUAAAAGUCGGUAGUUGAUUUGUGUGGUACACUUAGCAUCUGAACAGCUUCUGAGUUAACUGAAUGGCAGUCUUCAUUUACCAUGUGUUUGGGGUUUUCAAUGAGGAAAUAAAAAACUGGACUGUACAAUUGUUAUUGUAUUUAAUAAAACAGCAUAACGGGCCUUUUAACCAGCACUACAGUUUCU